AGAAAGCAGCGCGGCACACAUCCAACAGCUGGAUUAGGUUACGUGCGCGUGCACAGAUAGCAAUAAUUAAAAUCUAGAUUUGUCAGGAAAUGAGCUCGUGACGCGGCUGAAUAGAAAACGUAUUUCCUACACACUGACUAAUUAAGCUCAAGUGUCUCAUUACGGAUAAAUGAUCUGGUCGGGGUUGAAUUAUUCAUUGCAGGUAAACAAGGUCCAGAUCUACAACAGAGUGAUGACAGGGAAUGGUGAUUAAUGGUGGGGUAUGUGCGGCUGUCAGUAUUUAAGAAAACGCGCUCCGCCUGCGCGCGCGUCUGUGCGUUAUAGCGCACGGAGAGCUAUAAAUGUGAAAUAAGCAGGACUGUACUGUACAGCUAAAGAGACAGUGAUGGGAACAGUGCUGCAGGACAGGACUCGGCACAAUGACCACUAUCAUCUCCCAACAUGUAAUAACCGAGCAAAGAGGAAAGCUUCAGGAUCCGCCUCAAGUCGGAGGAACACUAACCCUAAUGUGCCUCAAAAUACAGAAAAAGACCAAGAAAAAGAUUCUUUGGCCAUGGAGAAUGGAUUACACGCACGAGAGAUGAAGACAAUAUCUACAUCUGUGGUUAUUCAUCCAAGAGAGAUCCUGAGCAAGCCAAAGCACAAGGUGUCUUCCAUAAAAAAUCAUCCGCUGGAAAGACGCUACAGACAGAACCCACGGCAAAGCAGUGAAAAAGACACAAUGCCGUCCCGCUUGGCUCCUGUCCCUGCACACAGACACGAGUCGACUGUACGAGUGACACAUGAGGUCACGGACAGCGGCAGCGACCUUUCAGACACGGAGAGGCACCCAGAGCCUGCGUCCGCCACCGAUCCUCCACUGCUUCACCUACGAGAAGAAGUCAUCGAUCCCUCUGACUUCCAACCUUCACGUGCUCCGUCUAGGUCACACGGCGUCUCCCGUGACAGCUACCCUGACUUCUUGCCUCCGCCUUUUAACUCCUGGAGUCUCCGAGAGCUGGCAGUGUAUUUAAACACGGAUGGUAAAAACGUCCCUCGCUCGAGACCCGUCAACCAGUUUGAGAGAUACUUGGACCGACUUCUGCAGCUAGAAUGGCGGCAAAUCAUGACGCUGCACGAGGAGAGCAGCAAGUCCAUGUGGACUGUACGGCGUAGAACACAUUCCAGCCUCAGUGCCCCGAAAAGCAUCCUGCAGUGUCAGCGUGCCUUCCCCUUCACCUUACUGUCUUCUGUCCAUCCACAAAGCUGUAACCAUUGCUCUGUCUCCGUAUGCACGUACCCUCACCACUCACAUCCGCUGACAGAAAAAAGUGGACUUUCUAGGAGGAGCAGCAGUGAGACUCGGGUUCAUCGUCUCAACAGACUCAGCGAUUCUUCUUUGGACCAUCUGAAACGCAUGCAGGCCAUUGGAAACAUCCGGAACCCACCAACACACAAUCCUAACAUUAACGUUCCUUCAGCUGUAGAUCCUCCGAGGAGAAAGAGUUCAGGGGGAAGGAGCCGCUCCUGUGGGAACGAGAGCAAAGAUGGUUGUAGAAGAACAAAACCGGAGAGAAGAACAGAAACUCACCAUGUAACAGACUCAAAAUCAGUAGGUGUGACUGGAUCUGAGAAAGAACCAGUCAUUGGAAAGCUCGCUGUGAAACACAAGCAUGUCAGGUUUGUUUUUCAGGAACAAGAAAUGACACGAACAUUCUCAUCCAAACAUCAUUUGGAUAGUUCUUCACUUCCUAAGAACCUUCUAGGAACCAUCUCUGAUACACAAUAAUCAUUCCAACAGUUUAAUAUGGAGAUAUAAAAACCAGCAACUGAACUAGAACCCUUAAACUAAGGUUCUCCAGCUUUCCCCAUUUUGGGGAAACUUUAAAGAUUCUAAGAAACCGAAUGUUUGACUCUUUUCCAAACUAGAACCAUAUUAAGAAGCUAAAAAUCUCUAACUAUACAAAGAACCUCACGAAGAACCCCCAGAGGAACCUGUUCUAAGAGUACAGGAUUCAAAUAUAUAUAUAUAUAUAAAAAGAAUGUACAGUAUUUCUGUCUAUAAUUGGCAAGUUAUGGAAGCUAAUGUCUUUACAUAAAUGGUAUUCUACUCUCAUACAGAACAUUUCUCAAAAGUUCUAUGGUUGGUUAAGGGUUCUCCGCUUCAUAAACGGGUUAUGGAACCUGUCAAAUUGGAAAAUCCUUUGUUAGAGCUUUCGACAUACAACCUACAUUUUAAAGGUUUCCCCUAGAGGGACAAAAAUGCUUUAAGGUUCUACCUUAUUGAAGAUUACCUGAAGAAAUCAAGAAUGCUACUGUUUGUAAUUUACUUUACUGUUAUUUUAAGUCUCAUUCAUUUUCCACACAUAUUUACUUAUUUAUCUCUCUCUCUCUCUCUCUCUCUCUCUCUCUCUCUGUUUAAAAAUACACUUAAUUUUGUUUAUUUUAUUUUAUUAUUUAAGUUAAAGUUAAAUCAGUA